AUGCGCAGUAGUGGCUAGCGGCCCGGAAUGUCCGGCCGGGUGAAGCGGGAGCGGGAGUCCCGGCCGUCCCCGCGGAGCUCGGCCUCGGGCCGGGUGAAGCGGGAGCCGGCGGGGUCGCGCGGCUCCUCCCGAGGGAAGCGCGAGGCGGAGCCCGAGCGGGUCCGGGUGAAGCGCGAGCCCGAGGACGGUCCGCCCCGCGUCAAGCGGGAGCGCGAGGCCGAGGAGGAGCCGGAGUCGGAGCCGGAGCCGACAGUGAGAUAUGGCCGAUUUGAUCCCGAGGACCGGCGCAGCAGACACUGCCCAUACCUGGACACUAUUAACAGGAGUGUUCUGGAUUUUGACUUUGAGAAGCUGUGCUCCAUCUCACUCUCGCAUAUAAACGUCUAUGCUUGCCUCGUGUGUGGGAAGUACUUCCAGGGCCGUGGGUUGAAGUCUCAUGCUUACAUUCACAGCGUACAGUUCAGCCAUCACGUCUUUCUGAACCUCCACACCCUCAAGUUCUACUGUCUGCCAGACAACUACGAGAUCAUUGACUCCUCGUUGGAGGACAUCACUUAUGUGUUGAAGCCCACUUUCACCAAGCAGCAAAUCGCCAAUUUGGACAAACAAGCCAAACUUUCGCGGGCAUAUGAUGGCACCACUUACCUGCCUGGCAUUGUGGGACUGAACAACAUCAAGGCCAAUGACUAUGCCAAUGCAGUACUCCAGGCCCUGUCUAACGUCCCACCUCUGCGGAACUACUUCCUGGAGGAGGAGAACUACAAGAACAUCAAGCGCCCACCGGGGGACAUCAUGUUCCUGCUCGUUCAGAGGUUUGGAGAGCUGAUGAGGAAGCUGUGGAACCCCCGAAAUUUCAAGGCUCACGUCUCUCCCCAUGAAAUGCUGCAGGCCGUGGUCCUGUGCAGUAAGAAGACCUUCCAGAUUACCAAGCAAGGUGAUGGCGUUGACUUCCUCUCCUGGUUUCUAAAUGCCUUGCACUCUGCUCUUGGCGGGACAAAGAAGAAGAAAAAGACCAUUGUGACCGACGUGUUCCAAGGCUCCAUGCGGAUCUUUACCAAAAAGCUUCCACACCCUGACCUGAUCUGGAAGAGGCGGGAUGAGGACGAGACCAACCAGCAGGGGGCGUGA